GCAACAGCAGCAGAAGCAGCUUUAUUUCAAUUCUACCUAAAACCACCUCAAGGAAUACUCCAAAACUCAAUAUGAACUUCAACAAGGUUUUCGUUUUCGUCGCUCUCAUCUUGGCCGUCUUUGCUGGCCAGUCCCAGGCUGGUUGGCUCAAGAAAAUUGGCAAGAAAAUUGAACGUGUUGGCCAACACACUCGUGAUGCCACCAUCCAGGGUCUGGGAAUUGCACAGCAGGCAGCGAAUGUGGCCGCCACGGCCAGAGGUUGAUGCAACUAAUCCUCAUUCUGUGUACCAUAAUAUGUAUUUAUUUAUUUAUUAAUAUUUUGACCUAAGUUUUGGAAAUAAAUUGAAAUUAAAUUUCACUGAUAACACA